AUGUAUUCUUCUUAUUAAGAUUUACAUGGAGGUUUUACAAAUAAUUGCUUAACUGAUCUAACAGGAGCUCCUUCUGAAUAAAUUGAAGAGGGUGAGUUUUAGGCUUGGGGAGUCAAUAUUGAUUCUUGGCUAAAAAGGGGGUUUUUAGUUUAUGUGGAGAAUAAUAAAAAUUUAUAAUCUUAAAAUAUAUUAUAUAAUUCAGGAUAUUCAUUUGCUAUUUUAGAUAUAUAUGAUAUCAUUUCUAUAAAUACUACAUUAGUAAAACUAAGAUCUCCAAUAAAAAAUCUUAUUUAUGAAGAUGGAGAAUGGAAUUCAAAAUCAUAAAAAUGGACUGAAUAAAUAAAAUAAUAAAUAAAUUAUGAAUAAAGCUCUUAAAUAUUUUAUAUGUCAUUAUAAGAAUUAAGAAAUAAUUUUGAAUAUUUAGGUAAUUGUAGAACUCAUGAAAAUUAUAAAUUUAAUAUAAAAAUGACUGAAUUAGAGAAUCUUGUUAUAUAAAAACCUUAUACAAAUAACUACGAAUACGAAGUUAUUGUUUAACCUGGUGAAAAUCAAAUUGUUUUAUAUAAAUAUAAUCCUUUAGGUGAUAAAAUAUCUUUUAAUUGUGAAAUCAAAGCUAAUUUAUAAGAAGUUUAAAUAAAAGCUGUUUACGAUUUAUAUGGAUAUUAAAAUGAUCUAUAAGAAUAAAUAUAAGAAAACUAAAUGGGAAAUUCAAAAUGUAAUAAAGGAAACAUUUUAAGAGGAUCCAAACUUUAAAAUAUGUUAUAAAAAAAAGAGUCUGAUUAAAAUGAAGAAUAAAUAUAAUAAUAAUUCACAGUUGUUGAUUUAAUAAGAUUUAUGAGAGAAACUUGUACUCCUAAUAAAAGAAUUUGGGAUGAAAAAGAAAUUGAUGUUUUUGUUUAUUUUCAUUAACAUAUAGAUGGUGUUAUUAUCUUAGUUUAAAAUUAUGAAAGUUACGUCUAUGAAGAAUAUAAUACUUUAGAAUUAUAAAAUCUUAGGCUUGAAAAGGAAGGAGAUGAUAAAGUAAAUGUUGAUUAUGCGAAUAAUACACUUAGCUUUAUUAUUUAACCUUUUGAAUAUUAAAUUUUAUUUUUUGAGACUAUUAAUAAAAAUGAUCCUUAUGGAUUUAGACUUGGUUUUAUCAACAAUUUUUUAAUGUUACUACAAAAGAAUUAUGGACCAUUCUGGAUUUCGACUACAUUAAUAUUUAUGCUUUAUGCUUGUGCAAAUUUAUCUUUCUAUAUAUAGGAACCAUUAAAUUAUAAAGUUAAAUUUGGAUUAAUACCAACAGCUUUUACAAUCGUUUACUUGAUGCUUAUUGGAAUUCCUAUUUUAUUAUCUUUUUUAAUUAAUUUUUAUGGGGGAAGUUCUACAUUUAUUGAUAUGAUUUGUAUUUAUGGAUAUUCAAUGUGUAGCUUUAUUAUUGCAAGUUUUUUUAAUAUUUUCCCUUUUUUUAAAUUUAAAUGGAGUUUAAAAUGA